UGAAGUUGCGUUAACUUGGGGACGCUCAGGGGAGAUAUUAGAUUGUGUAGUGACAAGUAACUCUUCAGGUUUAUUGCCUUUACUUGGGCACUGGUUUGCAGCGUAGUAGGUUAUAAUGGUCUUAAAAACCUUUUCACAGAGGAAGAACAAAAUCCAACAGGAAUAAAUCGGCUUAGUGGGUAGAAUUAGAGGAGAAGGGUUUGGAGCCAGGGUAGGAUUAAGGAAAAUUGUGCGAAAUAAAGAGAGAGUGAGCAGGAGUAAAUGCGUGUGCGUGUUCGUAUGACCAACUGAGGGCGGUCGGGCGAGAGGAGGGAGAGAGAGAGGAUGAGUAUUGAGUGAAGAGCAUAGAUUUUCAUCACAAUCUGUUUCUGUUUUUUAAUCCUAAACCGCUGCAGCACUACAAGCCGCACGUUCUGUGGAGGAAACGUUUUCUAAAGCGCGCUUUAGCCUAUUUGUUUUCGUUAAUUGGGAGUCCGUGUCCGUUGUUGCAUGAAUUGAAGCGAUUAUUAAUUUCGUCCAGUUCCACUUCCUAUCACAUCCAAAUUGCACCAUGAGCAGUUUCUGGGGACCACCCGAGCUUGCACCUCUGGAAUGGUGGGGGUUACGCAGCCGAGGAAAGGCGAGCAACUAAACGCUGAUGGAGUUUGGGAUUUAUUGUAAAAUACAGGAAAGAUGACCGUCUUUUCAUUGUGUUUCCUCUUGUGCGCGGAACUACUGGAUUCAGCCGUCGGAUACCUGACCGUGACCAUCGAGCCCAUUCCCCCUGUUGUUGUGGGAGAGACCGUGACGCUAAAGUGCAACUUCAAAACCGACGGCAGGCUGCGAGAGAUCGUCUGGUUCCGGGUGAUGGACGGGGGCACGCUUAAGCAGAAGAUUUUUACAUAUGAUGCCAUGUUCAACACCAAUUACUCCCACAUGGAGGACUACCGGAGACGCGAAGACCUGGUGUACCAGUCAACCGUCAGGCUGCCGGAGGUACGGAUCUCUGACAACGGGCCGUACGAGUGCCACGUGGGCAUCUACGACCGAGCGACCAGGGAGAAGGUGGUCCUGGCUUCGGGGAACGUCUUCCUGAAUGUGAUGGCACCUCCUAAGGCCAUCUCUGUGGUUGCAGCAGACACCCCUGCCCCGUUCAGUCGGUACCAGGCACAGAACUUCACCCUGAUGUGCAUCGUAUCUGGUGGAAAACCCGAACCAACGGUGUACUUUAAGCGGGACGGGGAGCUCAUAGACGUUAUUCCGUACGCCCAGCCCCCAGCUGCAGGGGAGAGCGGGGGCUCGGCGGGGGUCAGGGGCGCCAGGCCGCUAAUCAGCCGCGACCUGGACGACACCAAGAUGCAGCGGUCCCUGUCCCUCCUGGACCUGGACGGGAAGGCCGCCCGCUCGUACACGGAGGGCCCCGCCCGCGGCUUCACCCCGGGCGCGCCGGGCUCGGAGCCCAGCCCCGCCACCGAGACCAUCCCGGAGACGGUGGUGAGCCGGGAGUUCCCGCGCUGGGUCCAGAGCUCCGACCCGCUCUACUACUUCAGCACGGCCCACCUGCCCCAGAGCGACGGCACGGUGGAGGUGCGCGCCAUGCUCACCUGGACGCUCAACCCCCAGCUGGACAACGACGCCCUGUUCAGCUGCGAGGUCAAGCACCCCGCGCUCUCCAUGCCCAUGCAGGCGGAGGUCACGCUAGCGGCUCCCAAAGGCCCCAAACUCCAGAUGACCCCCAGCAGGGCGAAGGUAGGGGACACGGUGCGAAUCGCCGUUGAAGGAUUCCAGGUAGGAUCCACUGGGAACGAGGUGUUUCCCGAGCCCCUCUUCACUUGGACGCGCGUGGGGGGGCGUCUCCUGGACGGGAGUUUGGAACGGGACGGGUAUGAGCUGGUUCUAGAGCGGGUGCCAGCCGAACUUAACGGAUCCAUGUACCGCUGCACGGCUCAGAACCCCCUCGGCUCCACAGACACCCACACACGCCUAAUUGUGUUUGAAAAUCCCAGUAUGAUGAAGCACACUCAAAAUCAGAACAACGCUGCCUCCCACAAGGACGUUCUGGGACUGAUCGUGACCGUGCUGAUUCUCACAGUGACUGUGGAGCUAACGUGAGCCUCUGAAGCUCGCGCUCUGCCUGCCCUCCUCCGGUCCGUCUGUCCACCCGUCUGUCCACCAGGAAUCAGUACCUUCACCAGGGAGAAUUCCCUAUUUGUUUUCUGGACAAAACGAAAAACAAGACAGAAGAUAAAAUGACAUACAAGAAGGCAACAACAAAAAACACCUGCCCUCCCCUGUUUGUCUACUUGUCACACGUCUGCCUGUCUAUCAAUAAAAUCCGAUGUUUGAGAAAGGAAAAGUAAAAACUCUGGGCUUGGUUUAAUUCCUUCAGACAUAACCAUGUUUGUUUUUGUACAGUCAUCUUUGGAAUGGUGUGGGCAGGCCCACCAUUUUAUCUCCCAAAAUCCCACGGAGUCUCAUAUUGGCCCACUUAUAUUUCUAUGCACCUCCCAGUUGGCAACAAGGCAGCCCUUCUAGAACAUUUGUCCGGUCAUAUCUUCUUUCUUCUUGUUUUAGUAUUUCUUCCUUUUCCCCCUUUUUUUAAAAGUGACUAUGUUGGAGGAAACAAGAGGACUCUUUUCAGUGCUGUGAAACUGAUGUCACUUUCCCAGUUAGAAGAACAGAAGACCCCCACCACCCCAACCGCCUUUUUAAAUGUAUUUUUGUGUACAUCCCUGUAAAUAUAUAAAUUGAUAUAAAGGUUCAGCUUAGAGUGUUGGGCAGAGUGACAGUUUUGCCUCACAAAUUUUCACAAUUUCUGCUUGAACUGUAUCGGCUCUUUCCUAUGACUUCAAGAAACUCAACUUAGAUCAAGAAUAAACACUGAGUGCUGGUUUCCUAGACAUGGAGUAAGCCUAGUCCUAGACAAAAAGAAACAAAUCAAUGAAGAUCUCCAUUGAAAAAAGGUUUUAGUUUAGGACUAGGCUUAAUGUCUGGGAAAGCAGCCCUAAAAUACUAGCUUUUCAUUACUAUAAUUUAAUUGUAUUCAAUAAAUUAUAUCUGCUGUAUGGCAGGUUUUAAUCAAAAGCUGUUGUCUGCAUUUCAGGGUCAUGGUGCAUGAGACGUCUGACAAUUAUUUCUCAUUUCUCAUAAUCCAUGUGGGUGGGCCACAUUCAGCUGACCUGUAGUCCCAUGUUUCAUCUGUUACAUAUUAUAGUAAGUGACCUGCGUUGUGUACAAGUUCCUUUUCCUGGCAAAAUGUAUCGCAAGUUCCAUGUUUAGACGCCAUUUUGAUUUCAGCUGAGUGUAAACAGGGUGUUAUUUUUUUUACCAGCAGUAUUAAAAUGGGGAUUAUGAAUUUAA